AUGCCUGGCGAGGAGCAGGCGCAUCUGCGCACUUGGAUGGCUUUUGGCGCCAGUCAAGAAAUUUGGGGACGCAAACAUUUGGCGCAAGUGCAAAGUGCCUUGGCCAGUAUCGCCUUGGCUAUAGCGCGUUUUGAACCUGUAUCCAUGUUGGUUCGCCCGGAUGAUAUGGCGAUUGCCAAACAACUUAUGGGCGAUAGCGUUACGUUGCUGGCUUGUCCUUUGGACGAUAUUUGGCUGCGCGAUACGGGGCCUGUUUUUGUAAUGUCUGACAACACUGGCAAAGCAGCUAUCAACUUUAACUUUAACGGCUGGGGGCGCAAGCAAGCUUAUGCGCGCGAUGCGAAAGUUGCACCUUUUGUGGCCAGGCAGGCAGAUGUACCCCUGCAAAAAGCAGCAAUCGUGCUCGAAGGCGGCGCUAUUGAGGUGGAUGGCCAAGGCACGGCAAUUAUUACCGAGAGCUGCGUGCUCAAUGCAAACCGCAACCCCGGUAUGACCAAAGCGCAGUGCGAACACAUCCUUAAACCUUUGUUAGGACUGGAAAAAAUAAUCUGGCUGCCUGGGAUAAAAGGCAAAGACAUCACCGAUGGACAUACGGAUUUUUACGCCCGCUUUGCGCGCCCGGGGUUGGUUUUAGCAGCGUACGAUAGCGAUGCGCAGUCUUUUGACCAUGCUGUGACCCUGCGGCAUUUGGAGAUACUGCGCACCGCUACGGAUGCAUCUGGGCGCAAACUUGAAAUUGUGGUGCUCACAGCGCCAGCCAAUAUCCGACCCAAGUUUGCCCAUCAUGAUUUUGCUGCUGGUUAUGUCAAUUUCUACCUGUGUAAUGGCGCUGUUAUUGCCCCCGAAUUUGGCGAUGCAAAAGCAGACGCUGCCGCCAAAAGGGCGUUGCAAGACGUUUUUCCUGAGCGAGAGCUCGUCAUGCUCAAUAUUGAUGCUAUAGCUGGCGGCGGGGGCGGCAUACAUUGCACGACCCAGCAAGAGCCCAAAAUUUGA